CCCGUAAAUGAAAAUAAGGUAAACAAAACGGCGAUCUGCUAGCCAUUUUGCGUUGGUUUCCUUAAGAGAAAAAACUUACAGAGGAGGACGUUGUAAAAAAAGAAAAAAGAGGUGGAUAGUGGAGACCUCCACAUUGGGGCUGUGCCGCCACUCGGGAACCAGCAUCUUCACUACACUGCAUCUUCAUCUUUUGUUUUCUCCCAUUUUUGUGAUUUCCUUAACUGCUACUGCGAUUUCCUGUUCUUCCGAUAAUCAAUCAUCCAACCAAGUAAGCUUUCUCUGCUUCUUUCUCUCUCUCUAUCCCUUUUGAAAGCGCUACAAAACCCUUUUCAUCUUCUAUAUUGUUCGUAUCUUAAACCCUAAACCCUCUUCGUUAUGAUUGGUGCUUGAAAGCUUCUAAUUUUAGUUUGAUUUGAUAAGAAUAUUGGUAUAUUUUUAUCUUGAUUUUUGAAGAUGGUUUUACAUUUAUGAAUUGGGGUUCUUAAUUUUAAUGGGAACACUGCAAUUGGUGAUAUACUUACUUGAAUGUUCGAAUCUGUUUCUGGGUUUCUCGAAUUCGUUAGGUUUUGCGAGUUUAUUGAGAUAAUGGGAUCUGCCCAUUUGUUGAAUCUUGUUGAUUAUGAACUCUGUUGCUCAAUUUGGUCGAAGGGUUUUACAUCCCGGCCCAUUUUUACGUUCUGUAUCGCGGGUAUUUUGUAAUUGUAGUUUAGAUUGUGGUGAGGAUGAUGCUAGCAAAGAGUUUAGCCCUAUUGAAAAAUUGAUUAGGGAAUUUGGGAAAAGUUUGGAUUUUGAUCCGGGUUUAGUAGAUAGAGCAAGUGAAGAGGAUGAUGACGAUAUCCAAUUUCAGGGUAACUGUAAUCUCAAGCAGAAGUUCUUUGAGACUACGUGGAGAGAUGCAGAUAGGAUGUUUGAUGUACUAAGGCAAGAUGGUCCGGGUUUUAAUGUGAAACCGGCGUUGCUUGAAUUGGAUAUAAGGAUUUCAGGCCUGCUUGUUAGAGAAGUCCUCUUGAAGAUUUUGAAGAUUGUAAACCAUGAAAAUAGGACUUUGUGUGCCAAAUUGGCUUACAAGUUUUUUGUAUGGUCUAGUGAGCAGGAAUACUAUAGGCAUCCACUGAAUGCAUACCAUCUGCUUAUGAAAAUUUUUGCUGCUGCUGAGGAGUUUAAAGCAAUGUGGCGGUUAGUUGAUGAAAUGACUGAGAAGGGUUACCCGGUUACUGCAAGAACAUUUAAUAUUUUGAUUGGUAGUUGUCGUGAAUUAGGAUUGCGAAGAACAAUCGUUGAAAGAUUCAUUAGGUCAAAGACAUUCAACUACCGCCCAUUCAAGGAUUCCUACAAUGCAAUUUUGGUCUGCCUUUUUAAAAUAAACCAGCACAGGUUAAUUGAUUGGGUUUAUCAACAAAUGGUGGCUGAUAAUCAUUUACCUGACAUCCUAACGUAUAACAUACUCAUCUGUGCACAUUAUAGGCUGGGAAAGAUGGAUAAUGUCCAUCGGUUGCUGGAUGAAAUGGGUAGGAAUGGACUAUCUCCAGAUUGCCAUACUUUUAACAUUCUUCUUCAUGUUCUUGGAAAAGGGGAUAAGCCAUAUGCUGCGCUUAAUCUUUUGAAUCAUAUGAGGGAAGUUGGAAUAAAUCCAUCCUCUCUCCACUACACUUCCUUGAUGGAUGGUUUGAGCCGGGCAGGAAAUAUGGAUGCUUGCAAGUACUUCUUUGAUGAAAUGAGCAAGAAUGGGUUCAACCCUGAUGUUGUCAGUUACACUGUUUUGAUCAGUGGAUAUAUAGCAGCAGUAGAGCUAGAGAAGGCCCAGCAGUUGUUCAGUGAUAUGAUUGCAGAUGGAAAGCUGCCAAAUGUAUUUACAUACAACUCCAUGAUUCGGGGACUUUGUAUGGCUGGGAAAUUUGAGGAUGCAUGCUCUAUGCUUAAGGAAAUGGAACAGAGAAAUUGCAGCCCAAAUUUUCUCGUGUACAAUACCUUAAUUAGUAACUUGCGAAGCAAUGGGAAACUUUCUGAAGCACAUGAAAUAGUGAAAGAUAUGAUCGAGAAAGGACAAUAUGUUCAUCGCAUCUCAAGAUAUAAGAGAUAUAGGAGAUACUGAAUUACAGGAUUUUGGCAUUGUAACUUUAUUCCAGAAAGUUCAUUGAUUGUUUACACACCACAGCUUGUAGCUGCUGCUUGUAUUGGAUGUUACGGUAUGCUAAAUUCUUUCAUUACCACAUUUUGCGCCUUAUUAAUUUAUAUGCUUAUGCCUUUUGUCCAAAUUUCAUCAUGCCUUUCACCACAUUUGAUGUCAUCUUUGUCGGAUGGUCAUCACCAUUUUGAUAAAGCAAUUACUUUCAUCACCACAUUUUGCCUUGUUAAUUUAUAUGCUUAUGCCUUUUGUCCAAGUUUCAUCAUGCCUUUCACCACAUUCGAUGUCAUCUUUGUCGGGUGAAUAUCACCAUUUUGAUAAAGCAAUUACUUCCACGUGGAAAAUAAUAUCUUUCCAAUGGCUUUUAAGUUGUUUCCUUUCAGAAUUUGGUGAUUGUUGUUCAGUUUUGUGCCUUUCUAUGUUAUUUAUGUAUGCUCUUUUCCUCAUUUUUUGCUGACGAUGUUGACAUCUAAGGUGUGUAUGCUUUAAGGUUUUUGACAAAUAUGUAUGCUGUUCAAAAAUUAGAGCCUACUUAUCUUCUAGUUGAGAAGAUCAUCUUAAGCAAUAUUAGGUCUCUCUCACUUGAUUUUGCUGCUAUUCCGAAGAUGUUUUUACUUCCAUCAUGGCCACAACUCUUCUGGGAUCUCGAGUAUUUUGUUAAUCACAUUCACCUGCCUAGGAUGAGUUUAUGAGAACAUCUGCUAGUGUGGUUUGGUAUAGUGCCCAACCUUUCUUUUCUCAAUUAGAGCUAGUCUCUCUAGCUUGUAGCUUUGCCUGGAAAUUAAAAUUAUCCUUUAUAUUCUGAAAAGUCAUUUCUGUCUCUGCUUCUUCCUCUAAUUCAUGCCAGUUGCUAUUAUCUGUAAAGAUAGAAUUGAGGUAAGGAGACUAGAUCUUGUAACCUCUAUUUGUUGAAUUAUCAUUGCCAUGCUAGUGAAAUUGCAAUUUCUAUAGAGGAAAUUCUUUUGCGGGCAAGGAAAACAUGUAUUAUCACCUAGUGGAUCUGCCUAUAAUAUAUCUUCCCUCACCCUAUGAGGUAGGAGUUGCAGUUUCCCUCUUCCUCGAUUUUGAUAUCAUCAGAGUUAGAAAAUGGACUCACAAGGAUGAAUAUGUGGAGUAUGAAGAGUGCCUCCCAGUGUUUCAGUGUAAUUAUUACAAGUAUUUAUUGCGAAAUUGCACUGUCAUGUUGUUCACUAAGAUUAAACCUUAUGGUUAGUACUUCUGUUUCAUAUAAAAUUGGCAACACUACCCCUUUCUGUGGUCAAAACUUGUUAUAAAUGUCAGAUAGUGUAAACAUGUAUGUUAACACUUAACAGGACGUGACAUGGUGACAGGUUCUCAAAUCUCAAACAGUUGAUUUUUAGUGGCUUCAUGGAUAAUUUGAUGUGUUCAUGCACUUUCACUCUGUUUGAAAGUAACGCCAAUUUGAAUUAAGUUCAUGAUUUGUCUUAUGUAUUAUGAAGUACUUACUACUUUAUACUUAUGUAAUACUGUCUCUUGCUGCCAACAUGCCAAGUUCUGGUGCGUGUCUUUUGUGCUAUUAAACUUUUUCUGAUUGUUUCUUACUUUGUUCCCCCUGAAGAACAGCUAGAGCACAUAAAUGCUUCUUGUUCUUGAGUCUUAUGAUAAUUGAUCAUGAAGGUACAAGAUCUUAGAAGCUAGACGCCCAGUUAUUCGGCAUAUAGAUUCAUUAUGCAAUAACCAUUAGACUGUUAAAGAAAUUAUCUCCUUUUUAGAUAUCAUUCAUAAUUUUCAUUUGGAAGAUUCGAUGAAGUGCGUUAUUACACAUGCAUGUUCCACUGUAUCUAUUGGUUUAUGCACUAGUUUCCCCAAGCUCCCCUGUCUGGUAUUCUCUGUUAGGAGAAUGUAUUAUGAUUUAUGACUGUAGUAUUGAACUUGCCAUUCUGCAUGAUUGGUCUUGUAUAUAGUUGCGAAGCAUGUAUCUAACUGUUUUGCAGCUCUCCAUUUAAAUCUUACCUCUAUUGGAGUGCUGCAAAGUCUGUAUUGCAAUGUCCUACAUCAUCACAUUUGUGGGCGCAAUCCCUAAAAAGAAGAGAUGCUUGUUUGGUUUGGUUUUCAGCCACUGGAAGAUCCCUAUUCCAUAGUCCUGACUCCUGAGUUAUUUGAUUAUAGAGUUUCAGAAUUAAAGUUUUGUGCAUCAGUGAAAAAAUAUCUCUGUUUUUCCCAUAGCCAACACUGUAGAAAUCUUGAUAGCUAAGAAUGAUGAAGCGAUUGAACUUCGAGAACCUCCAUGUUUUGAUUUUCCCUACUCGUCAUAAUAUUUUUGGGCAUUCCCUGUAGAUUGACUGCACCAUCUUGCUGAGAUGGUUUCUUUAUUGUGAUGGAGGACUUGUAAAGUCGUAAACCAUAGUACACAUGGAGAUUGGCAAAAGGUUGUACGUAUAGAAAGAUAAUUAGGGAACUUCUGGUCUAACAGAUUCCUUCUUGAGCCACUCCGUCGAUAGUAUUUUUGGCAACCUUGAAGAAUUGAUCUUCCCUCUGUUGCCAAAAACAAAAGCCAUAAUUUGAUUCCAGCCUUCCAGGUCAAAACUUGUUAGCUUCUACAAUUGAAGUUUACAAUAAUGUACUACAUUUUGAUUAACAAUACAAAUAAUGCUUUGAUAGAUUUGUCCAA